GUAGCUAUGUGGUACUGCUAAGGUACGUGCCUUUGUGCACGAAGUAGCAGAAAUUUAGAUGGCGUUGUGGACAGAAAUUUAACUUGAAAAGUGAAGAACUGGAUUUCCGUUCGGUUAGUAACGUCAAUAACGUUGAUUCGACAGAACAACGAAAAUGCGACGAAGAGUGACCAGCGGUGCCCUGGAGAUGUUGGGUUGUGGUCCUAGGAUGAGCAGGCUCUUGAUGGCCCCCACUACGAAGAUAGUGGGUCCCAUGUCUGCCUUGGAAAAUGGCACCAGCGAAAGGUUUCGGUCUACGUCCUCGAUUUCAAGCUAUUCCGAACUGGCUCGAGAGAGAUCUAAAACCGUUACCUCGUUUUACAACCAGUCGGCAAUUGAUGCAUCUGCCGAAAAGGCGUCUGUCCGACUCACCCCAGCCACCAUGCUGUACGCAGGGAAGUCUCCAGACGGUCAGCAUAUCCUGAGUAGUGCCAAGUACCUACACAAAGAGCUGCCAGUGCGUAUAGCCCACCGGAUCAAGGGCUUCCGCAGUUUACCUUUCAUCAUCGGCUGCAACCCCACCAUUCUGCAAGUGCACGAGCUGUAUAUACGGGCCUACCAUAUGCUGAGUGAUUUCCCCGCGAUCAAAGACCAGGAGACGGAGGCUCGGUACAGUAAGCUGAUCCAGCAGCUCCUAGACGACCACAAAGACGUGGUGACCAUGCUGGCCGAGGGCUUCAGAGAAUGUCGCAAACAUAUUCAGGACGAAGGCCUAGUUCGUAACUUCUUGGACACGACGUUGACCUCGCGUUUGGGAAUUCGUAUGUUGGCCACGCACCACCUCGCCCUGCACGAAGAAAAUCCUGACUUUGUGGGCAUCAUUUGUCGACGUCUUUCUCCAAAAAAGAUCAUUGAAAAAUGGGUAGAUUUUGCUCGGCGGCUCUGUGAGCACCAGUACGGCAACUCCCCGCGGGUUCGCAUCAACGGCCACGUGGCCGCCCGAUUUCCCUUCAUCCCCCUACCUCUGGACUACAUCCUGCCUGAGCUGCUGAAGAACGCCAUGAGGGCCACCAUGGAGAGCCACCUGGACACGCCCUACAAUGUGCCCGACGUGGUGGUCACCAUCGCCAACAACGACACAGACUUCGUCAUCAGGAUCUCAGAUCGUGGAGGAGGAAUCCCUCACAGCAUUCUGGAAAAGGUGAUGGAUUAUCACUUCAGCACAGCCGAGGAGAGCGCCCAGAACCCUCGCAUGAGUAACCUCUUCAACAACAUUACCAACAGUGGCAAUCAGUCUGGACCCAUGCAUGGGUUCGGCUUCGGGUUGCCCACCUCACGGGCGUACGCCGAAUACCUGGGCGGGUCUCUGUCCCUCCAGUCCAUGCAGGGCAUCGGCACGGACGUCUACCUGCGCCUGCGUCACAUCGACGGCAAGGGAGAGAGCUUCAGAGUGUGACGGGGCACGCCUUUCCCCGCAGGCCUGAUGGGUCCGUCGCCGCGCCGGCCUAUCAGAGCGCAGAAAACGAAAGGGGGUCGAAGGUGAACGGAAGCCAGCGAGCUCCCAAUUGCGCUUCUCAUGUCUACCCGGCUCCCCAUCUUUUCACACUGCCUCAGUUUAUGAUGAUACAGCCCCCCCCGCCCCCCCUCCUCUUUUAUACCCCGCUCCGAGCAUUCAUUUCGGCUGGCUCACGAAGGUGUCAAUCAAACGUGCUAUCUGAAAAACAAAGAUGUUUCCUGGACAGUGUUUCAUAGGUAUAGCUAAUGAUGUUCACUGUGCUUAAAAAGAGAAAAAAAAAAAAGAACUUCAGCCUUAACAGGGAUUGGAUGAUGCCGUCAUCGAUACGUGUUUAAUAAAAACAUCAGAGAACCUCAGAGACUGAAGAUGUUACUGAAAGAGAAGAUCUGCUCUUUACACUCCAUUGGUCGUGGGAGAGAGGACGUUCUGGUGUUAGUCCAAUCAGAGCUCUGCGUUUUCCUUCUCCAAAAUGGCCUCUUCUCGGGUUGCCUUAGGAUUAUGAGCAGAAUUGUUUGAACUCUUUUUUUUUUUUAAGGCUUGGAACCCUCGCUUAACUUCAUGUUAACUACCGAACUGACUGAGUUGACCACUGGGCAGAGAUCAGAGACCUUUUAAAAAGAACUGCUGAUGCAGGUUGAGAUGUUAGCUGCCUUAUGAGAGGGGGAAAAAAAAACCACUGUUUCAGAAGAUGGUCCUCUUCAUUUAUCUCUGUCCACUGGUCUGUUUUGACAGCUGACAUGUUUAUCACAGAAAUCUGAUUUCAAAAGAAAUGACUUCUUUGCUUGGCAGUCUUUUCAGCUUCUCUCAAUACACAAUACCAAGUAUUGUUUUGGUUUUUUUUCCUUUUUCUCUUCUGUAUGUCGAGUCCUCAUUUCUCCACAAAAAAAAAAAAGUGUUCAAGGUCAAAUUAAAGUAACGUUAACCUUUUUAAAUGGAAAGACCUGAGUAAAUUGUUAGCAGUGGUGUUGGUUUUUGGUUUGGUUCACGUCACAUUCCAUUUAGAUAAAUGUCAUGGAAUUGCAUUUGCAGACUCUGACAGAACCUCCUAUGUGGAAAUUCAUUAAUAAUGUUCCUCCCACACCUUUGCCAGUCUUUUUUUUUU